AUGAAGACCGAGUACCACAUGCGAUUGAAUGCUUCCGUUGAAGUUUGUAGAUACUUGUUGGAGAAUGUUUUACCAUCUCGUGGCAACAAUGAGUCGGAAAAGUCUAUAUACAAAGGGCUUUUCUUGGGGGCUUUAAAGUUAAUCGGAAGAACAAAUGGUGAUAUUGAAAAGGUUAUAUUACAAAAUGCCCCGAAGAACAAUCAGUUGACAUAUCCAAAGAUUCAAAAAGAUCUUGUUACUUGCUUUGUAGAAGAGUUGUUGAAAUCCAUUAUUAGGGAAAUUGGUGAUGAUGUAUUAGCUUUGUUGGUGGAUGAGUCUAGUGAUGUCUCUAGAUUUGCCAACUUAAACGGUAUUGCCGACCUCGCCAGAUUGAUGGUGGCAACAAGAAAGCAUGUUUCUCAUCCUUUAGUCUACCGGUUAUUGAAGCUAACACUAGUUUUGUCUGUUGCAACUGCUACGGUUGAAAGAUGCUUUUCGGCGAUUUAA